AUGUCUAAUUUAACUUUCUCAGGAAUAAGAACUCUCAAAGCAAGGGUUGAUGAAGACGAUCAAAAUAAAAAGAGACACCCCUUUGAUCUACAAAAAUAUUAACAAAUUUUAGAAUAAAUCUCCACUACACAUUAAUUUGAUAUGGAUCUUGAAAACAGACUCAACCAAUUGGAUUAGACUGAAUAAUCCAGGCCCACUCUUGAUAAGAGUUCGUUUCUCAAUAAAUAAUAUGCAAAAUACAUUGAAAAAGGAUCGGAUUUACAAUUGUCCAAAGUGGAUUGCAUCGAUCCAGAAGACGAGGUGUGUACACACAAACAAACCAAGUCACUUUUGACCUUGAUAAAGGGAAGACCAGUCAAGUUCACAGAGUUUUACAAAAUAUUAUUACAAGAGUACUCAAUUGAAUUUCAAAAUGCAGAGCAAAAAUUAUAAUUUAAGGAAAAUUUAAAAAAUAAAAUUGUUACUGUUGACCCCAACAUUGUCUCUUUGAAUGCUCUUCAAUUGAGUACUAGAGACAAAGGGAUCAAGGGGUUGAUUGAAGAAAUAGCUGAAGAAACCUAUCAAGAUAUAAAUAGGAAGGAAAAACAGAAGAUAAACAAUGAAAUUGUGGAUGAGUUGGAAAAUGUUAAAUAGUUAUUGGAGAAGAAAUAAGUAAUGCAAAUAAAAAAAGAAAAAGAACUAGUAGAAUAUGAAUACUCGCUAUAAAAAUUCAAAUCUGAAAUGUCAAAUAGUAUUUAAUAGGUUUAUGACAUUCUAAGUAAAAUGAUGGAAGAACAAUAUUAAUAAAAAUUAAGUAAUUUAAAUAAAAAGUUUAGUAAUUUGGAACAUCAAUUGAAAUCCAAAGUUAAGCUGAUUGAACUGAAAGGUUCAUCAAUUUAAAAGAAUAAUUCUACCUAUAGUUAAGAAAUUUAAAGGUUGAAAUAGAGGAAUACUCAACUAGAAAAAUAAGUAGAAUCUUAGAAAGUUAGGAUAUUAGAAUUAGAAAAGAAACUUUCCCUUGAAAAAGAUAAUACAAUUUAGUUGUAAAAAAAGUUAGAGAAAAUAAACUAGAAAUUAAUUGAAUAAAAAGAAUAAAUAAAAGAAUAAAUUUAUUAAACUGAAUAAAACGAAUCAGUUUAACCUUUAAAAUAAUAGUAAAUAUUAGAAUAACCAAAAUAAUAAUAGCAAUAAUAGUAAUAAUAACCAUAAGCAGAACAAUAAAAAAAAACAACUAAUAACUCAGAGAGUGGAAUCAAAUAAAUUAAAGUGUUUUAAAGUGUUUUUGAAUCAAUAUUUCUUGGAUUGGAUUAAUUGCAAAUAUAAUUAGGAAUUAAUAAUCAAAAGUGGAAUCAAGAACUAUUGCCUUGCUGCUUAUAGGAUAAUUUAAUAGAUCUCUUAGGUAAUUUGAUGGUAAUAGUGAUUAAUAAAUAAGGAUUUUAAUAAAUUUACAAAUUGUUGUUAUAACUAUCUUACUUUUAUUUUAAAAAUACUUGUUCCUCAAUUAAUUGUUAACAAGUGGAGGAGCUCAUUAAAAAUCAAAAAAAGUAACAAAGUUGCAAAUAUUACAUUGGCAUUCACGAUUCAAAAAACAGAGAAUUUAUACUUUAAUUAAAGGCAUUAUUAGAAAAGAAAAAGAAAAAUUAAACUUUAGUUGCUAUGAUCUUAUUAUUAUAUGAUCGGGAUAUCGCAAUAUCGAUAAAAUAUCUUUCUUAAGAAAUUUGUAAUGAGGAUGUUCAGAAAUUUAUUUUAGACAAUGGAUUAUUGGAUAUCUUCGUGAUAAAGAUGAUUGAUGAUAGAAAUAUGGUGCAAUUGCUAUUGGAAAUAAUUGCUUAAGGUUAGUUUUAGAAUCAGUUUUUAUUACAAUUGACUAAACACUUUGAAAUUUUGUUAACCUUACUGCAUUGUUAAGAUCUAGAGUUUUGUGAGUAGUUGUCGAUAGUGUUAUAGAGAAGGAUUAAUAGAGAAGAAAAUGAAUUGCGAUUCGAAAUUUGA